GCAGAACACUGAUGGCUUUGUGCUUCCAGAGGGACCUGCAGGCUCCGGCCCAUGGCUUCCAACCACAGCUCUGUGGCUUCUGCUGGUGGCACUUCCCAUAUUGUGGGUGGCACCAGUGUCCAGCCAGGGGCCUGGCCUGGCAUCGUCAGCAUCCAGGCCACCUGGGAGAACGGCACGUGGCACAUGUGUUCAGGUGUCCUCCUCAGCUCCCAGUGGGUCCUCACAGUUGCACACUGCUUCGCCAGGGGCGGAGGCGUCUCCACGUGGGAGGUGGUGAUUGGGACCACAGACCUGACUCAGCCGGGCCCCGAGCCCAAGGUGCGCCACAUCCAGAGGCUCCUGGUGCACCAGCACUACGUGGCUGCCACGGCGAGGAACGACAUCGCCCUGGUGGAGCUGGACCAGCCCGUGGAGUGCAGCGACUACAUCCAGCUGGGCUGUGUGCCCGACGCCUCGCUCAGGGUCUCCGAGCUGAAAUCCUGCUACAUCGCCGGCUGGGAUUUUGCCAAAGCUCAGGGAUCGGGCAUGGUGCUGCGGGAGUCCAAGGUCCACCUCGUGGACACGGAGCUCUGCAACAGCAGCCGCUGGUACGCGGGAGUCAUCCACCCCCGCAACCUGUGUGCAGGAUACCCCCAGGGCAGCAUCGACACCUGCCAGGGGGACAGCGGGGGUCCCCUCGUCUGCAAGGACAACGAAGCCGACUACUUCUGGCUCGUGGGAAUGAGCAGCUGGGGCAGAGGCUGUGAGAGAGCCCGGCACCCCGGGAUCUACACCUCCACUCAGCACUUCUACAACUGGAUCCUGCUCCAGACGGGCCUGAGCCCAGCAGAAAGAGCCGGUCCAGCACCAGAGCCAGUCGUCACCUCGGCCCCUGAGCAGCGUCUGAAACCAGCACCAGAGGAAGACAUCAGCUUGACCCCUGAGUACAGCCUGAGACCAGCGCUGACAUCCUCAGGCACGUUAAUGCCCAUGGCAUUCCCACACCAGAUCCUGGUGCAAUUCCGGAAUCUGCUGCAGGAGUUCCUGCAGUUCCUGAAGGACAAAAAGGCUUGAGCAGCAGCGGGACGAGCAGGAGCCAGGGCUACAGUGGACCACGGCAUUUCCUGCUGGGCCAAAGGUAGCCUUGGGGCCAGAAGCUUCUCUGUCCUGCCCAUGCUGCUCCGCUGGGGCCACGCCGAUGCUGACGUGACUGAGGUGUUGAAGUAAAGUUUCUGUGUUCACCAUUAA